AUGCAAACCAGCACUGCCUACCAACCAUACUCCUUAGCUACACCACCACCUCCUCCAAGAAACGCGGGCAUUCCCGACACUUCGAUUGCCGGGGGCAUUCCCCAGGUCAACGACAUCAGACCACCGAAGCAGACUGGGCAACAUGAUAUUGGCAUGGAGCAACCCGCGGAGGAGAAGUCAAGCAUUAGUCUCACAGAGCAAGAAGCUCAGAAGUCGCAACCAACUUCGCCACAACCUCGAGCCAAGACCAGACCAAAGUUACGAGCACGCAAGGCUGCCAUGAGUCUCACACCGAGAGCAGUUGGCCAGCUGAAGGAAAUGCUGAAUCAACCAUAUCCGAAGCUCAUCAAAGUUGGGGUCAAGAAUCGUGGCUGCAGCGGAUUGGCAUACAGUCUGGAGUACGUUGAGAAGCCGGGAGCAUUUGAUGAGGAGAUUGAGCAAGAUGGUGUCAAGGUCCUUGUUGACAGCAAAGCACUUUUCAGCAUCAUUGGAAGUGAGAUGGACUGGGUCGAGGAUAAGCUGAACCAAAAAUUUGUGUUCAACAAUCCGAACAUCACGGAACAAUGCGGUUGUGGCGAAUCCUUCAAGGUUUAA